GGACGUCUACACAUGUUUUACCUAUGCGUCAGGAAGCGGCUAACACAAACCGGUGUUAAAUACGCAAGCAGUGUGAAUAAAAAAGGCCGAAGGAAGAGCCAGCGGUUUGUCAUUCGUGCGGAAUUCCACGAUUGUUGGUGUUUUACAAACGGAAAUGCGACAGUUAGUUCGAAUGUGUCAUGAAUUCAGGAUGUCGGUAGCGGGACUUUGAAGUUUUAGUCACACUCAUCGUAGACCCUCCGGUUUAGCAGUAAUGUUGAGUUCUUGACAUAAAAUUCCUGUCUCAAUUUUCAUGUUGCGGUUGUCCAGCUAGCUGAUGUGCAGCAUUUGACACUGACAGGAUGGUACAGCAGUACAAGUCCCCCGUACGGGUGUACAAACACCCGUUCGAACUUGUUAUGGCGGCGUAUCAGAAACGGUUCCCCACCUGUAAGAUGAUACCAAUCUUCUUAGGCAGCGAGAUUCUGUCGGACUUCAAGAGCGACGACGAGGCCGUACACGUCGUGGAGCGACGCUGCAAACUCAACAUGGACGCCCCCUACCUGCUGAAAAAGAUUGUAGGCGUGGACUACAUCUACUUCAUCCAAAAGAACUCGCUGAAUUGGCGCGACAGGACUCUGAAGAUUGAGGCUUACAACGAGAGUUUCUCCUCACGAAUCAUGGUCAUCGAAGGCUGCACAUAUUUUAUUCACCCGGAGAACCCAGACUGGACCUGCUUUGAGCAGACGGCCAGCCUGGAGGUCAAGUCCUUCUUCGGCUUCGAGAACACGGUGGAGAAGAUGGCAGUCAAGCAGUAUGCAGCAAGCCUCAAGAAGGGUAAAGAGAUCUUACUGUAUUACAUCAACGAGCUUCUAGAGGAAGGAUACCAGUGCCCGCCAACGUGGACGGAGCUACACCCAAGUGACCCCACCCCGUCCAACUCCGAGCCCACGACGCCGGACGCGGAGGGGGCGCCAAAGGAAAAACUGACUAAGAAGCUGUCACUAGAAGUGCCGCAGAGCAACAGCGUGAACAGCCGGCACGCAGAAGCGCAUCAUCAUAAUCACCACGGGAAUCAUAUCCACGGCAAUCAUCCCCACCGGCACCGUAACCAGAGCAGCGAGGGCACGAGCGAGAGCACGCCCUCAACGUCGCGAGCCAGGCAGAGCAGCUUCAAGGAUAACACGCGGAGAAGAUUGGCGUCCAGCACCAUGGAGAGGGGCGCCGUAGGGGGCAUGGGAUCGGAAGAAGAGGUAUCCAAGGUGGACGAGGAUUACAUUGAGCAAUACCUAGGACCGCUGACUCUGGUGCAGGAGAGCCGACUGAUCGAGCUCAGAGAAUGGCUGAAUGAAACGCACAAGGGAAAGAUGCCUAAAGACAUGCACCUGCUGCGCUUCCUGCGGGCGCGGGACUUCAACACGGAGAAGGCCCACGAGAUGAUCACAGAGUCUCUUGCCUGGCGCAAGCAGCACCAGGUGGACAAGAUCCUCAGCACCUGGCAGCCGCCUGAGAUCCUGACCAGGUCCUUUGCUGGAGGCUGGCAUUACAAUGACAUAGAUGGUCGACCUCUUUAUAUUGUUCGUCUGGGUCAGAUGGAUGUCAAGGGAUUAAUCAAAGCCGCUGGAGAGGAGGCUAUACUUAGACAUGUCCUGUCCAUCAAUGAGGAAGGGCUGAGGCGCACCGAGGAGGCCACCCGCAAGGCCGGCCGACCCAUCAGCUCCUGGACUUGCCUGGUGGACUGCGAGGGUCUCUCCAUGCGCCACCUCUGGCGCCCGGGGGUCAAGGCCCUGCUCCGCAUGAUCGAAGUCGUCGAGGCAAACUACCCAGAGACCAUGGGGAAACUCUUGAUCGUCCGCGCCCCGCGCGUCUUUCCCGUCAUCUGGACCCUGGUCUCGCCGUUUAUCGAUGAGAACACGCGACAGAAGUUCUUGAUCUACGGCGGGAAGAACUACAUGGAGCACAUCGGGGGCUUGCCAGACCAUAUCGACCCCCGGUUCAUUCCGGAUUUUCUGGGCGGGGAGUGUUAUUGCAAUGUACCAGAGGGCGGUCUGAUCCCCAAGACCUGUUACCGCUCCAUGGAGGAUCUGCAGAACCCGGAUGAACUACCCCUGUGCUCAGAGACCGUCUACAAAUCAGCCACAGUGCAGAAAGGUCUACCUCAAGAGGUCCUUAUCCACAUCACGGACGCCCACCAAGUCCUGACCUGGGACUUUGACAUCUUGCGCGGGGACGUUGUCUUCUCAGUCCUGAUGUCGCGACGGCCCCUGACCGUCCACAAGGAACCCAUGGGCCCCAUGGGACCCACCAACUCGGUGGUCAUUGACAAGUCUCACGUCUGCGGAGUGGACUACAGACAGGUGGAGCUGCCGCUGGUCUGCAAAGCAGGGGCUAGUAUUCAGGGUUCUCACGUGUGUCAGGCCCCCGGCUGGUACAUCUUGCAGUUCAAGUUCUACAGCAGCAGUUCCAGCCUCUCCAAGACAGACCAGGCCAAGGCCCACCAUCACCAUCACAAGUCCAAGAUUAUGUACUACUAUGAAGUCUUGUCUCACGAAGAUUUCAGAGGUUCGAUGAGUAGUCUGAAGUCGUGUCACAGCGGAUUUUCAGCUCUCAGCAUCAGCAGCACAGGGUCCAGCAAAGCCAGUGGCUCCAGCUCCCAGGUGUCGCGGUGACAAUCAUAUCGCCAUGAUUCUUAGCUCUAUAACAAAAACAGAACAACAAACAAACAACUGCGGAGGUUACCGUAAUGACAACUUGUUACAAAACACUACUAUUCAAGGUUGCGAUUUGUGAAACGUGGUCCUUGCAUGCAAGGUAAAUAUAUUCGCCACCCUUCCUGCCCCCUGGACUUAGAAUGUCUGCCUGAUCAGAUUUUGUACGCUGGAGUGUUUCUCCCCUGGAUUUAGAAUGUCUGCCUGAUCAAGAUUUUGUACUCUGCACUGUGUGUGUGUCCCUCUGGAUUAAGAAUGCUGCAAGUGUGAAAGUCCAUAGAUCUUAAUGGAGAGGCCAAGAUCAGCCAACAGGUGUGUGGUGUUAGUAACCGUUGACUUACCAGAGGGUGGAAGUGUGAAUAGAGGAUCAAGAAAUGUGAUUUUACUGCACCAUUGCACCGUACAAUCGGCCCAUCUUGCAGGGAAAUCAUCUGUGUGUGCCCAACGGAACGAGAUCGCUGUAAGUCACCCGACUGUUUGGCUGCAGUGCUGCGUAAAGCUGUGUCCGGCUAUCAGUCUUUGGCGGCUACCUUUUCUGCUCCUGCCAUUGCAGAACUACUGUGGCUGUCAAAGCCGUUGACAAAAAGAAACACUGGAUUUGGACACGGCUUGCAGAUCAGAUAGUCUUGCACCAAGACUUCCCCUUCAGCUGCCACUUGGAACUUGUGCUGCCUAGUAUGAAGUUUUGCCAGCAGACAACUUAGCACCUGUUUAGUUGGUUUCAUCACAUAUCAAAUUUUCAUCUGCAAUAUUUAUACAUGUAUAAACCAUAUUGUGUAGUGUACAUACAUGUAUUACAGUAGUUCUCAGGGUUUUGCGUUGUUUAGCGGAUCGUUACAAGAAAAAGUAACCGUUAUUGCUAGACCCUCAUACAUAUUCCAUUGUGUGUGUUGUGUGUGUGUGAUG